GGCAUUUUAUCGAGAUCCCUAAUUCGGACGGAAAUCUUCUAUAGCUAGAUUCCUUAAACAGUUCGACAGCCAGAUCCUGUCGCACUGAUUCGGAUCCCAGUCAUCUCCACAGCCGCCAUAAUAACCCUGCACAAUGACGGGACGCCGCGGCCAACCCGCCGCAACGCUCGCCGUACCAAAGCCUCCAUCCGGAAGCCGCCGCUGGCCAUUUGGCAUCUCCCACAGCGCCAUGAGCAUUUACCUGUUCGGAUGCAUGUCCUUCUGUUUCGGAGUCCUUACCCUACUGCGUCCCGAACAAGCAGCGGCGCGACUUGAGCUCCCCAGCGAGGCAAUCCCAGCCAUUCAAGCAUGCAGCCUGGCCGCUAUAGCCAUUGGGGUGUUCUACACCCUCGCGGCUUAUCAGGAGAAUCGUGCGUUCUUUAGGUGCAGUCUUCUCACCAGAAGCCUGACGACUUGGGUCUUGUGGAACGCGAGCAAGGAGUGGGGCAGUGCUUGGAAGGAGGUAGCUCUGUGGGAGGGGACAGCGGCAGCAGUCACUGCGGUAGCAUUGGUUUGGGAUUGGUGGUUGAAAUAGGAGAGCACGGGGAUGGAGGCGAAGCUUAAGGGAGGAAGGCUAAUGUCCUAGAAUGGAG